AUGUCUUCCAACGUCGGACUCUCUACCCCUCGUGGUAGUGGUACCUCGGGCUAUGUUCAGCGCAAUCUUUCCCACCUCAAGCCGCGCGACGCCGCUGCGCCAUACACCAAGGACCCCGAUCUUCUUAGGCACCGCCAGCGUCAACCUGACAAAGACAUUCUCGAGCACGAUCGCAAGCGCGAGAUCGAAGUCAAGGUCUUCGAGUUGCGCGAUAAACUCGAGGAAGAAGAAGUUGACGAAGACGAAAUCGAAGACCAAUGUACCGCCCUACGCAAAAAACUCCAAGCCGAACAAUCAAACAAGAACUCCGCUACCAAUGCAAGAGGUCUCAAGUCACAUCAAGUUCACGAGUUAGCCAAAGCAAAGAUUGAGGAGAGCGAGAAGCUCAGACGCGCUUUCGGCAUCAGCAAAGACUACGAAGAAGGCAGCCAUUGGAAGAAACAAGAGGAGAAA